CCACCUUCUGGUGAAACUGUAGAUCCCGGAAGUAACGGGUCUGUUUGCUCAUACAGUCAAACUAGCUUAGCUGUAUCCUCCACUAUCAGUUAGCUAGAUAAGUGCAAUGCUAUCGCUUUGUAGGUCGUCGUCUCUACUAUGGGACUGCUGUCAAACGACACGGUGCUGAGAAACAGUAAGACGAGAGUUGCCAACAGCCCAAGACCCCAGGUUUGACCUCAAGUGGGUGCAGUUAAUCACACCAUGUUGGUGACUGCAUAUCUUGCCAUCAUUUUCCUGCUUGCCCUGUGUGUUGGCCUCGAGCUCACUGCACGCCGCCUCACCCCACCUCAGUCUACUCCAACUGCACAAGCCAACCCGGCCUUCCGUCGCUUCCAGAGCAUAUUCCUCCGUGCAUACCUGUUGGCUUUGUGGGCAGACUGGCUCCAGGGUCCUUACCUCUACAAACUUUACCGUCACUACAGUUUCCUGGAAUCCCAAAUAGCCAUCUUAUAUGUGUGCGGCCUGGCUUCCUGUGUUCUGUUUGCUCCUGUUUCAGGCUGGCUCCCGCAAGUCUUGGGCCGCAGACAGACAUGUCUUCUCUUCUGCCUGUCCUACUCAGCGUGUUGUCUCACCAAGCUGUCCAGAGAUUACUUUGUUUUGAUUGUGGGCCGUAUCCUGGGGGGUCUGUCCACGUCCCUGCUUGCCACCACAUUUGAAGCCUGGUACGUGCACCGACAUGUAGACGUUCAUGAUUUUCCAAAGGAGUGGAUCCCCAGCACCUUCAACAAAGCGGCUACUUGGAACCACGGACUUGCCGUUGGAGCGGGGCUGGUAGCUAACUUGCUGGCCGAGUGGCUGCACCUGGGGCCGGUGGCGCCCUUUCUCCUGGCUGUCCCCUGCCUGGCGUGCUGUGGCUGGGUUGUGCUAACAGACUGGGGUAAGGAAGAGACUGAAGGAGGUCCUGAAGGGGACAAAAAGACACUGCUUGGCAGUUCAGUUGGAGGUGUGACACAUUUGUCUGCAAAGGCCCGGUUCACACGCAGCUGCCAAGAGGGGCUACGCUGCCUGCUUUCAGACAGGAGAGUUAUUCUCUUGGGUGGAGUGCAAGCUCUGUUUGAAAGUGUCCUCUACGUCUUUGUUUUCCUGUGGACUCCAGUACUGGACCCUCAUGGGCCCCCUUUAGGAAUAGUUUUCUCUUGUCUGAUGGCUGCCAGUAUGGCUGGCUCCUUGCUGUACCGCCUAGCCACCUCCUCUCGUUACCGUCUACAGCCCGGCCAUGUGCUCUGCCUGGCUGUGCUGAUGGCUUUCUUCUCUUUCUUCAUGCUGACCUUUUCCACCGCUGCAGGCCAACCUCGACCUCAUGAGUCCUUCGUGGCCUUCCUGCUGCUGGAGCUGGCCUGUGGCCUCUAUUUCCCAGCAUUCAGUUUUCUCCAGGGCAGGGUUAUCCCAGAGGAGAAGCGGGCUAGUGUGCUGGCCUGGUUCCGGGUGCCUCUGCACCUGCUGGCCUGCCUCGGGCUGCUGGCCCUCCAUGGAGAGGUAUCGGGAGCAGGUGGAGGGGAGGCUGGCAGCGGCACCAGACACAUGUUUGGAGGCUGUGCCGUCAUGAUGCUGGCAGCUUUGAUGGCUGUUGUUAGUCUGUUCACUCUGGGCAGAAAUGACACAGACCUUAAACUGGAUGAAACCAGAGGCGAGGGGGAGAUGUACUGAGGAGAUUGACCACAAUCAUUUGUGCUUUCAAAUGAGUUAUACCAGUUUUGUGAAACUGAAAGUAUAAAGCUAAUGUGUAUGAACAGAUAAGUGAGAGGUCUGCAUCUUGCCAAAUGUAUCAGUGAAGAAAGUCAAAGGAGGUGUUUUAGGAGAUUAAAUUUAAAUAACAUUUUCAUUUUUAUAUGUUUACUUUUGCUUUUUGGGAGAGACUAUUAUCAGUCCUGUCUGUGUAGGGAUGUUGGUGGAACGUGAUCAUAUCAACCUUAAUAAUAAUAAUAUAAUGAUUUUCACCUGCUAUUGGGCAUCAGUCAUUCUGCAGUUUUAUCAAAUGGAAAGACAAUAAUUUACAGUGAGCAAAAUAAAUAUCCAAAGAAAUAAGAUCAUAAUGAGCCUGUAUAUCUGAAUGUCAGUUUUUACAUUACUUCCUGCACUGUACUUUGGAUUCUGAAUGUUUGUUUUAAGUCAGGUUUACUCUACCUGCACCAUCUUAGGGAUAUUUUCUAUGUGUCUCUGUUCAUCGAACUUGUAAAUAAAAUAAGUAAUAUUGUA